AUGGAAGAAGCGGAUUGGCCGGAGGACAGAACGAGAAUGAUGGCUCGAUUCUGGAGGAAUAUUCAGGUGCACAAGUAUCGCUCCAUGCGGAACCCAGUAGCGCAGAAAGCUUUACUAGCUUACCAGGCGGAACAGCACAAGCGUUGGCAUGUAGCAGUGAAGACUUCCGUGGGGACCUUACGACUUAUCCUUGGUCACGAGAGAGUUCUUGAGGAGACCAGAGAAAGGGUGUACUGGGAGACUCGCGACAAGAGAGACAACGCGAGAGACUAUAAGUCUGAUCACGAGACCACUCGUCACACAGACAUCGCGACUCGAGAGAUACGCGCAAGCGUUCAGCCUCACCUGAACACGCCAGCAGGGGAAAGAAGCCGAGGCAGGAUUUUCGCGCAGGCACAAGCAGAGGAGUUCCUCUCAGCUUGUGCCGUUUGCCUCGGACGAAACCCUCACAGGAUUAUCGAGUGCAAGGCCACUCGCACAUGGACGACGCCUGCGACACCAUUUGCUCGCGCAUCGGCAGAGUCCUCACCAUGCGGGACGGAAAGCCAGUAUGCAGCGACUGGCAACGACUCAGCGGAUGCAGCGAGACCACUCACGACCGAAGACACUUUUGCUCCGGAUGUGGCUUAUCCACCCACGGAGCUCAAGCUUGUCCUCGAGCGCAGAAGGCUUAAGGCCCUCACGCCGUAUGAUCCAGAUGCUUGGGAAAGGGAACUCUUGUCGGCGGGGACUCUAUGA